AUGGCGGAUGAAGAAGAUCUCCUGACCAAGGUCCACGGCCUGAGCGACCUCGAGCUCGCCGCCCUUUUGUGCCUGGUCAACCGAGAACACUGUAUCGUCAGCACUCCGCCCGUCGCCCUCAAUGAGCUCAUCGAGGAGCUUCAACUUAUCGCGACCAAGACCUUUGGUCUGACGUGCGCCGUCGUGGACUGCACUCCGCAAACCACCCUGGAGGACUUUGCAUCCUCCAUCCUCAUAGCGCAGUCACCCGCAGCAACCAGAUCAGGCUCGCCCCUUCGCACCCGUAACGACUCCUACUUCUACUCCCGCGCCGGAAUCUCGCCAUUGACCGCCGUCAACGCCUAUAGCCCCACGGGCCCCGGCGGCGCAGCCGGUUCUUCCAUCGCCAACGUUAUCCUCGCCCGGAACCUGGACCGCGCUCCCAAGGCCGUGCAGAUUCAGGUCCUCGAGCUUCUGCGUACCCGCCGCAUCUUCACCCGCACCUCCGUCCAGACCGCUCCUAAGCAGUUCCUUUUUGUGGCCGCGUUGGCCGCUGAGAGCGGAGGCAACGCUCAUGUUACGCUACACCUAAACGACUACUUCUUCAUCGCGCACUGGCACGACCCGGAUGAUGGCUUUGCCAACUUAGACGAGGCGUACGAUAGGACCGACGAUGCCGAGACUGCCAGCACCGAGAGCGUUGUGAAGAAGAGCAUCAACGAGGAGGCAAUGGCGGUCAGUGAGGAUCCCGUUUUAAGUGAAGGUGACAUCGCAUCGUUGGCUGAGCUGAGCCGAGAAGUACAGGUCAAUGUGGACGUACUGCGCUAUCAAAUGAACAUUGUCACGUAUUUGAGGAUGCACCGCGCAGUUGCUGGUGGCAUCGAGCCGAUCGCCACGAAGCAUCUCGACCAGCUGCUGAAAUGCCUCGCCCCCUUACACCGCCUGGAGUUUGUGACGCCGGCUCUCGUCCACUUGGCUAUUAGGAAAGUCUACCUGCAUCGGAUCCGAAUUGUGCAUGCAAAACAGGAACGGAGCAUGCAGUGGGGCAGCCAACAAGAAGCCAUCGAGUCCAUUCUUGAUGGCCUGGGCGCCGAGGACGUAAUCGAAGACGUGAUAAAUAUGGUGGCGGCACCGCUUUGA